UACGCGCUACGUGUGUACCCAACGUGCAUAGCGGUAGACCUAACACCGACUAGAGGUGGGGUUUGGCUGGUGCAUUUGGAAAGUUCAAGCGUUUUUGCCUGAGUCACGUGCAGACACACUCGCCUGCACAGAUUCCACAUCCAGUGUAGAGACGCUGAGGUCCACGCGCAACGUUAUGACGGAAGUCGUGUGCCCUGGCAAGCGAUUAGGGAGAACAAGCGAGUAUCGCGCGGGUCCAGGGACCUAUGUGCGAGGGACAUAUAUCUAUGCCAGCGUUGUCGGACCGAAGUUGGAGCAGGCGGCGGCAGAUGAGGACGGCAAACCAUACCUAAUUGUGUCCCAGCCAAAGCGGGCCAGAGCAGCCGACCAAGUGAUUCAAGUGGGCGAUACUGUGAUGGGGAGGGUGACCCGCAUCAGCACGAGGCAGGCGUGGGUGGAGAUUAUCUGCGUGGGAGAGACGGUGUUGCGAGAGCCCCACCGAGGCAUCGUCCGAAAAGAGGAUAUCCGUGCGACAGAAGUGGACAAAGCGGAGGUAGCAAAGUCGCUGCGACCCGGCGACAUCAUACGAGCGCGCGUCAUAUCCUUGGGCGAUUCUACGCAGUACUUCUUGAGCACGGCGGAGAACGAGCUCGGAGUUCGAUGGGCAAAGUCCGCGGCCGGGGCAAUCAUGAUCCCCAUCAGCUGGCAGGAAAUGCAAUGCCCAACGACCAAGGAAAAGGAGCCUAGAAAAUGCGCCAAGCCGGUGUAGGCUAGCCAGUCGGAGACAACGAACGCGAAAACGCCUUCGUGUACAUGAGAACUUCGUAGAGGAAAGGAGGGCAGACAGACCGACGCUACCUGGUGAUAGUGCUGCUGAUGCAAGAGAGUUUCGAUCCCUUUGGCUGUCGGACAUAGUGGUCAACCAUGGGGCUGCCAGCUCCACGUGUAGCUUCGCAUGAGACGUGAAAAGGUUAUAUGCAUACGCCUUUCGUCGCGAUACAGCUGGACGGGCUCAGGGUUGCAGUAGACAUACCAUCCUGGAAUAAAAGAGUGUCGUUUUCCGACGCUCGCUGUAUUCUCACGUGCCUGCAAGAAACAUUA